CGCCGCAGCAGCAGCCGCCGCCGCCGCCACCGCCGCCUCCGCCGCUGCCUCAGGAGCGGAACAACGCCGGCGAGCGGGAUGAUGACGUACCUGCAGAUAUGGUUGCAGAAGAAUCAGGUCCUGGCGCACAAAACAGUCCGUACCAACUUCGUAGGAAAACUCUUCUGCCGAAAAGAACAGCGUGUCCUACAAAGAGCAGCAUGGAGGGGGCCUCAACUUCUACCACGGAAAACUUCGGCCAUCGUGCAAAACGUGCAAGGGUAUCUGGAAAAUCACAAGAUCUGUCAGCAGCACCUGCUGAACAGUAUCUUCAGGAGAAACUGCCAGAUGAAGUGGUUCUAAAAAUCUUCUCUUAUUUGCUGGAACAAGAUCUUUGUAGAGCAGCUUGUGUGUGUAAACGCUUCAGUGAGCUUGCUAAUGAUCCAAUUUUGUGGAAACGAUUAUACAUGGAAGUAUUUGAGUAUACCCGCCCUAUGAUGCACCCGGAACCUGGUAAAUUCUAUCAGAUUAAUCCAGAAGAGUAUGAACAGCCAAACCCUUGGAAAGAGAGUUUCCAGCAGUUGUAUAAAGGUGCACACGUAAAACCAGGAUUUGCUGAACAUUUCUACAGUAACCCUGCAAGAUAUAAAGGAAGAGAAAAUAUGUUGUAUUAUGAUACCAUUGAAGAUGCCCUUGGUGGGGUUCAAGAGGCUCAUUUUGACGGGCUCAUCUUUGUUCAUUCUGGAAUAUAUACUGAUGAAUGGAUAUAUAUUGAAUCUCCAAUCACCAUGAUUGGUGCAGCACCUGGAAAAGUAGCAGACAAAGUUAUAAUUGAAAACACUAGAGAUUCAACUUUCGUUUUUAUGGAAGGUUCUGAGGAUGCUUAUGUUGGCUAUAUGACAAUAAGGUUCAACCCUGAUGACAAAUCUGCCCAGCACCACAAUGCACACCACUGUUUAGAGAUUACAGUCAACUGUAGCCCUAUUAUUGAUCACUGUAUCAUCCGAAGUACAUGUACAGUUGGUUCUGCCGUAUGUGUCAGUGGUCAAGGAGCAUGUCCCACCAUCAAACACUGUAACAUCAGCGACUGUGAAAAUGUUGGACUUUAUAUAACAGAUCAUGCACAGGGAAUAUAUGAGGAUAAUGAAAUUUCCAAUAAUGCUUUAGCUGGGAUUUGGGUUAAAAAUCAUGGAAACCCAAUUAUUAGACGGAAUCACAUUCAUCAUGGACGUGAUGUUGGUGUGUUCACAUUUGACCAUGGCAUGGGUUACUUUGAAAGUUGCAACAUACACAGAAACAGGAUAGCAGGCUUUGAAGUGAAAGCCUACGCUAACCCCACAGUGGUUCGAUGUGAAAUUCACCAUGGGCAGACUGGAGGAAUAUAUGUCCAUGAAAAAGGAAGGGGACAGUUCAUAGAGAAUAAAAUCUAUGCAAACAACUUUGCAGGUGUAUGGAUUACCUCAAAUAGUGACCCAACAAUAAGGGGGAAUUCUAUAUUUAAUGGAAAUCAAGGGGGCGUUUAUAUCUUUGGUGAUGGACGAGGCCUUAUCGAAGGAAAUGACAUUUAUGGCAAUGCAUUAGCUGGAAUUCAAAUUAGGACAAACAGUUGUCCAAUUGUUCGGCAUAACAAAAUUCAUGACGGCCAGCAUGGUGGGAUUUAUGUGCAUGAGAAAGGACAAGGAGUAAUAGAAGAGAAUGAAGUGUAUAGUAAUACUCUGGCUGGAGUCUGGGUGACAACCGGCAGCACUCCAGUACUGAGGAGAAACAGGAUACACAGUGGCAAGCAGGUUGGUGUCUAUUUUUAUGACAAUGGACAUGGCGUGCUAGAGGACAAUGAUAUAUAUAAUCAUAUGUAUUCAGGGGUUCAGAUAAGGACGGGAAGCAACCCCAAAAUUAGACGCAACAAAAUCUGGGGAGGACAGAAUGGUGGAAUUCUAGUUUAUAAUUCUGGUCUAGGCUGUAUAGAAGACAAUGAAAUAUUUGACAAUGCAAUGGCUGGAGUCUGGAUUAAAACAGAUAGUAAUCCUACACUAAGAAGAAAUAAAAUCCAUGAUGGAAGAGAUGGUGGCAUCUGUAUAUUUAAUGGGGGUCGAGGUCUCCUUGAAGAAAAUGAUAUUUUCAGGAAUGCUCAAGCAGGUGUUCUCAUCAGCACUAAUAGUCAUCCAGUCUUAAGGAAAAACAGAAUAUUUGAUGGAUUUGCUGCAGGUAUUGAAAUCACAAACCAUGCAACUGCAACACUAGAAGGCAAUCAGAUUUUUAACAACCGGUUUGGAGGCUUAUUUUUAGCAUCUGGUGUUAAUGUGACAAUGAAAGAUAACAAAAUAAUGAACAAUCAAGACGCCAUAGAAAAGGCUGUUAGUAGAGGCCAGUGUUUAUAUAAAAUAUCAAGUUAUACCAGCUAUCCCAUGCAUGAUUUCUACAGAUGUCACACUUGUAACACCACAGACCGAAACGCCAUAUGUGUGAACUGCAUUAAGAAGUGCCAUCAGGGACACGACGUAGAAUUCAUUAGACACGAUAGGUUUUUCUGUGACUGUGGCGCUGGAACACUGUCUAAUCCUUGUACAUUAGCUGGUGAGCCUACACAUGAUACAGACACACUAUAUGACUCUGCUCCACCUAUAGAAUCUAAUACAUUGCAGCACAACUGAAUUCCUUCCCUAAAGAAAAAGUCCUGCCAUUCUAACAUCAUAACUUAAAACUUUUUUUUGGAAGAAGAUUUAAAAUAUUUGCCCAUGCUACAGGAAGAGACUGUAUUAAAAAUGGAGGUCAGUUGACACUAUGAAGCUCAAGCUACCAAAAAGAAAGUGGCAAUAUAUUGACUCAGGAUCUCAAAGCUGGGUGUUUUAGCAUUACUGUGUAAAGACUUUUGAAGGGACAAAAGUGAAGAAAAUAAGCUGCAAUUUUGUACAGAUACCAACUUCUGAAAAGCUGGUGUUUUUACAACUAGCAUUGAAUGCAGUCCAGUUGGCAGUAGUAAUCUUCAGUAGACAAGCAGCUUUGUUGCUGCCCUUAUGGACAUGGGUACCAAUUGCUUUUGUAAUAUGGUAAAAAUGUGAGUUAGCACUUCCGUGUUUCUUUUGGUUUUUUUUGUUUUUUUGUUUGUUUGUUUGUUUUUUAACAUGUAUUCAGAUUGAGAAAUAUGAUUUUAAUGCUUUAAUCUCAUGUAGUUUGUUUUUAAUUUCAAGCAAAAUCUUAUUGUACUUGAACGUGCCCUGUUUUGUUAGCACACCUAGACUUGCUGUAACUGUACUCAUGUCCCAGUAUGUACGUUCUUUCUAUGAAAGAGAAAACACUAAUCUUAAAUUAUAUCCAGCAAUGUUUCUGGUAUCCUUUAAGAAAAGUUAAGACUAUUAUUUCCUUCCCUUCUCUGUGCAGCAUUCAGAAACCACCCCUAGAAAGAGUGUUUUCACGAGACUUCCUAGGAAGGGAUGCACUGUAAAACACAAGUAUUCUUGUAACUCAGUUUGUGAAAGGUAAAAACUACUAUGUUUUAAAGGACACUUUAGAAAGUCUCUUCAAAACAGUCCUGUAUUUGAACUCUGUUCAUAGUUUUUUUUUGAACAGUUUAGACAAAACUGCUGGGAAUUAAAAAAAAAUUUCCUGCAUUAAGCUGAGACAAGUAUAUAUACAGCCCUAUACAGUUUCAUAGCUUUUUUCCCCCCCAUUUAUGUGUAUUGGUGACAGUGGGUAUAAACAGCCUGAAAGUGUAUGCAUGUACCAUAACAUCUAGACUUAAUAUAUUGUGGAGUAUUCAAUAACCAUUAUGUAGAAGGUAGAUAAGAAUUAAAAGGGUUUAAUUUCCUAGAAAGAAAAUGGAAAAAUGGUCAUUUUUAAAAAAUAAAGUUUAUUAGAUCAUAAUAAUGUUGUCUGAAGUUACCACCUUCGUCAAAAGCCAAACUUUCCCAAUGUAGUCUAUAAUUCCUUAAUCAAAGUCAACAACUUAUGGACAGCUUCAACCUCUACAGUUGACCUUUCACUAGCCAGGCAAACUUCCCUUAAAAUUAGAAAGAAAAAAAAAGUUUUUUUAGUUUACAUUUUCCACGGUGCAUCAUCCCUCCUCCCCCUUUACUGUUUUUGCAGAAAAUGUUUAAUAAAGUCAGGUGUAUGGUAAAAUUCGACCCAGUUAUAAUUACCGAAAUAACCGCAGUGACUUGGUCAUCUUCUCAAACUCUCUUGCUUUCCUGUGUCCCUUUUGGAUGACCUCCUCCGGGAGAUUAGCAAGCCUGGCUGCAUUAAAGCCGUAGCUUUUAGGACAGGCUCCCUUAAUGAAUUUAUAGAGGAAGGUAAUAGUCUCCUGGCUGGGGUCUUCACAUUCGUUUUCUACCAUGCAUGCCUUUUUAAAAAAGAAAAAUAUUGUAUUACGUUCAUGUACUAGAAAUGGAAGCACCCAAAUUGAUUGCCUCGAAAACCUGAACUGCGUACAAUCUGCACAUACCAUGUGUCCUAGGCGCACGGCAACAUUUUGAGAAUAAUUUUCUACUAAGGAGUGGUAGUGAGUAGAAAACAGUGUACGGCAUUUUAUGUUCUCAGCGAGUUCCUGAACAACUGCAUCUGCUAUUGCUGUCCCAUCAAAUGUUGCAGUACCUCUUCCUGUAAAAGUGAAAUGUGCAUGAGAUAAUACGAUCUGCCUUAUAACAAAAAAGAUGUACCUUACAGUCGAAUGUGGAAGAACAGGAUAGUAAGAUCAAAUGAGGACAUCCAAAACCGGUCUGUAAAUAGUCUAUGCUUAGCUAAGUAAGUCUUGUUUAACUGUUCUUGGGGAAUGGGGUGCCUUUUUUUUUUAAAGAGGACUGCUUACGUGCCACUGGUCUUCAGAAACUUCUUAGUGAAUAAUAAAUAAUUCUCAUUAUUUGCAUAUUAUAACAAGUGAAUUUUAGUAAGGCUAAGAUACUGAAGGGAAUAAGGAUGGCUCAGUGGCAACAUUCUGGCCUCCCAUGUGGGAGAUCCACAGUUGGUUCCCUGCCAGCGCAGCGCACCUCCAGCACGGCCACUGUCAGUGAAGGCUGGCUUGUUGCUAUGGCGCUGAACAGGUGUCAGUGGCAUUUACAGACCGAGACGGCCAGUGACAACCCUGUGGACCGACCACAGAGGCCCAGUCUCACUGUGUGUGGGCUCGCCCUGAGUCAGUCAGGGGCCCUCAAGCAGCCCAAGGGGCUUAAAGCCUUAGUGGUUGGUAGUGGGUCUGUGGAAUGACAGUGAGUGCAUGCUCUAGGGGCAUUUCUUCCUUUCUAGAAAGCAAUUCUCUGCAGUUACGGUUUUAGAACAGCCUUCAAAUGAAGACUUGAACGCCUUACCUAGUUCAUCCACAAGCACCAGAGAAUGUGCGGUCGCGUGUGUCAGGAUGCUGGCAGUCUCACUCAGCUCAACAAAAAAUGUACUUUCACCUUAAAAAAAAAAAGUCUCAAAAUAGAUAUUCCUUUUAAGAAUCAUGUGACAGAACACCUUUUAGUUUCCUAUCAUUUUAACCUGAGUUCCCCAGUGGUGCUGGUACUAUAGGCUAUAAAUCUCAUUAAGAGAUUUGUGUAAUUCUUAAAAUACUUGAAGUAAUGUUUCUUAAUCAGCUUUCCGUAACGCCAGAAAGUUUAAAAACAUCAAAUUUAAAUGGCUCAUAUAUAAAUGAAUCAAGUUUGAGAUGUGUUUAUCACUUAAAAUAUAGAAAUAAACUGUCAAGCCUUAGGUGGGAAAAGAAACUCACCUGACAUUAUUCUGUCUGAGGCACCAAGUCUAGUAAACACUCUAUCAAUCGGUGUGAGCCUGCACACUUCAGCAGGUACAUAGCAACCCAUCUGGGCCAUUACAGCUAACAGGCCAGCCUGUGAAUGGGGAGGAAAAGCCUUUUAGGACUAGUAUUAAAAUAACCUAUACAAAGAAUUUACCAGAACAAAGAGACAGUAAGCCAAACUAAUAAACAUCUGUCUUUCCAAGAAGUAGGCAGGUUCUGUUCUACAUCCAUUUGCUAGAAUGGAGAAAAAAUGAGGCUUAGAGAGGUAAGAGGCUUAAGACUUAACUGGCCUUAAAACCUAGGAGCCUGCAUACUGAACCAUUACACUAGUGAUUUCUCAACCCUGGCUACACAGUAGAACCACCUGGCAACUCUAAAAUACUCAUGCCUAGAACCAUUUUCAGGGGGUGGAACCCUUAUACUUUUUGUCCCAUUCUCAAGGUGAUUUUCUUGAGAGUGUUGAAAUCCAGUACAGUACACUAUACUCUCUUUAGCAAAUUUGGUGAACAGGAGUGUAAUAUAGGCAAGCCGCAAACUUUUUCUGUAAAUAUGGCUCUGUGGGUCGUUAACUAUCUCUGUCACAUGUAUCAAAAACAGUCACUCGAGGUCAUGAAUUUUAUUUGCUUUCCUAUCUGAAUAUGUCUGCCAUGGGUCUUUCUUAAGAAGGGUUCCUAGAAAUGAGUCUGCAGAAGUAUUGCUUCCUACAGACAGACCUGCCUAUAAAUACCACCCCCUGAAUUCUGAAGAUCACCUCCAACACUAAAGAUAUGAAGAGUUGUGGGGUCAUUUUGUCUAAACCUUGAUAAAAUAGUCGCACCAAAUUUUCAUAUUAGAAAAGAAACUAGAUUGUAGUUCAGUCUCCCCCUUUUUUUCUUUUCAUUGUUAAAAUAAGAAGUAUGGCUUCAUAAGCAUCUAUAUAAAACAUUUGCACCUUACUUCUGUGUGACCUUUGUAUUUUUAUUAUGAAUACAUCUACAUUCUAGGGAAAUCAAUCAAGUCAAAGAACUUCUAAGGAAAUCAUGAACUAAAAAUCCCCUCCCUUUUUUCACACACACUUCUGCUAACAUUAGACAGGAGUUCCUGGAUUGUGCGAAUGGUUAAACACUUGACUAGCUGAAAGGUUAGCGGGUUUGAUCCCACCCAGAGGCGCCCGGGAAUCUGCUUCCAAAACGUCACAGCUUUGAAAACCCUACGGAGGGAGCACUUUUACUCAGUACACGUGGGGCCGCCGUGAGGUGAAACUGACGCAACAGCAAUCAGCAACAUCAGGCAGAGAUAUUUGAAAGCAAGUAAUUCUCCAUUUUAUAACACAAGAAAUUUCCCUUUAUUUCUUAGUAAGCAACUAAAUUUUAUCUAACUUGGGCUGUUUGGGAAAAGAUGACCUAGCUGUGUAAUAUAUUCAGUGUUACAAAUGGCCUUAUGACAACAAAACCUUAAGGAUCAGCUUACCUGCCUCAUGAGUGUAGAUUUGCCCCCCAUAUUUGGUCCAGUAACAAGCACACAAUAAGCUUUGCCAUUUCCCUCCUCUUCCUCACAGCCUAUUAGGAUAUCAUUAGGAAUAAAGUCAUCUCCAAAAAAGGUCUUCGUAAUGCAGGGGUGGCGUGAUCCUUUAAGCUCUAAGAAGGGGGGAUUGUCAUCUUCUGGCAACAGGAUUACUGGACGACACAUAGGGCCAUCACCUCCUCGACUAUAGUUAGCCAGACACAACAAGACGUCUGUUGAAGAGAGGGUAAAAGGAAGUUUUCAUCAUUCUGGGGGUUUCUUGUUGGGUAAACUACCAUACUCAACAGCCCAAAAACCAAACUUCUAUAAAGUCUUCCAAAAUGUAUUUCAUUCAUGGUUAUGUUCUACUUUUGACAGGUAAGUUUGCCAUAAUAUUUUUUUUUUUUAAAAAAAGGAAAUUUAGGAAGUGAAAAAGCUAUCAAAUUAUAAAUGCAUAAAUCAGGGCUUUUAAAUAUUAAUUGCAGUGACAAUCUGGGCUAAAGGGAAAAUUAAAAUAUUUUGAAAUACGUAUGCGUACGAAUUCACUGAAAUACAAAAAGAAAAAAUGUGUAAAGUGCGAAUGGUUAAGCACUUGAUUAGCUGACAGGUUGGCAGGUUAAGUAUAUUAAAAAAUGAUGGAUCAAGAGAUAGUGCUGGCCUUAAAUUAGUGUAGCUACAGUAAUUUAAGCCUAUCAAAUACUAAAAAAUUCGAUUAAAACUUCUCAUUAAGUACUAAAAAUCUUUUAUCACUUUUAUUCAAUUAUUCAAGACUAAAGAAAGGCCAGGGGCCUACUAAAAUCUAAAAGUUAAGUUUCAAGUGAACCACUGCAACUGCUGUGGCAAUGUAGUCAUUCUGCCCAGAGGGGAGGCAUGGAUGUACUUGCCAAAAUAAACACCAUGGUAACUUGUAUCUAGGGUUAUGUGUGAACGGGGACUCUGUCCAGUGGACUUGAAUCUAAGUGCCUCAAUAGCACAACUGAGCAAUAAGCUGUUAAAAUCUUACCCAAUACUGCAAUACACUCUACAGCAGAUUGCCAGUCCUUGUAAUUUUUAUCAAAGUUAUAGAAUAGCCGCCGCAUGCAGUCCUUCAAUGACACGUCUCUCCGUUCUUCAGCGUUUAUCAGAUUAGCCAACUUCUUCUCGAUUGUUUUGGUCCAGUAUCGUUUACAGCCCUUCUUGGUAGAUUUCAACUCAUAUUCUUCUGGCAAGUUCCGGAUGGUGAAACUCUCUGGAAUCUCCAGCUGAUAACGGUUCCUGCCAAUCCCCCAGUAGACUAUGGUCCUGCAGCCAAUCCGACUGCGCUGUUUCUCUAAAUACUCCAGGAGGCUCUGUUCAUUUUCUCUUAUGUCGGCAAGAGCUUGGUCAUAAUCUGAGUCAAAUCCUGCUUUUGGAGUGAUAAGUCCAGUCUUACGAGCCUUUUCAUGGUCAAAGGCUGUAUCCCAUCGUUUCAAUUCUGUAGUCAAAUCAGGAAAUCUGCCUUCAGGAUUUUUUGUCUGGAGGGUAAUGACCUGUUUAAGGAGUUUAGAAUUAAAGUCAUCAACAACUUCUUCCAUUACCUCUAUAAUUUUACACAUUACUUUGAAUCCUUCCAGAGCAGAAAGAAAAUCAAUGAUCUUUUUUUUGCUGUAUGUAGUCUCUUCAUACAUUAUAGCCCUGCUGUCUGGGUGGUUCUGGCUCUUCAGAGGAGACCCAACAUUAUGUAUUUUGCUCAGCAGCCUCUCAAGGUCUGGAAGCUUCUUUAAAAGGUCUACAACCUCAGAGAUUUUGUCAGGCACAACCAUGAGGUCUUCUAUGGCAUCUAGUCGAUCAUUGAUAGGGAAAGGGCUACAGAGUGGGGCACAAAGCCACUGCUUUAGGAGCCGCUUACCAAAAGGAGUAUGGCAGGUGUCAAUUCUCUCUAGCAGGGUCCCUUCAGUAGAACCAUUUGUCCCAUUCAGAAAAAUCUCCAAGUUAUUUAACGUCACUGCAUCUAGCACCAUUCGUUGAUUGGCUUUAACAAAGAUAGCACCAGGCUUUGCGGCACUGACCAUGUCAGAAUCCAAAGGAGUAUAUUCCUCAAAAUUAGCCAUUGAUAAAAGUUCCUGGUCGAUAAGGCAUUUUUUGAGGUAGAAAAUGCAACCACCCAGAGCAGAUAGGGCCAGUUCACUCUUCUCUCCUGGUGUCAACCCAAUGGAAUCAGACUCUGAGGUCAUACCUUUAAGCACCUGGGGUAACAUCACCCCACUGCCCUCAUUUAGCUUUUCUGUAAAGUAUCCAUCUUCAAGGAGAAUUCUCAAAGUUUUGGCUGCAUCCCAAAACUGGGAGCCUGGCAUCAGGCCUUCCUGAAGAGAAGACGAUAACGAACUCUUCAGAAUCAUCCUAGUUUCCGCUGAGAGAUUUCCUUUCUCAAACAAGACUUGGACCGGAGGGUAGUGUGCCACUAGAGUCCUAAACCUGGAACAAUGGCGAUCAUCUGAAAACUGACCUACGUAAAACUUUCCCAGCGAGGUAUCAACAAAGCACACACCAUACACACGGGUGUGGCCAGAAGAAUCUUCCUCUUUUUCCUUGAGGCUAAGAAGAUACUUGCUGUAGUUCUCAGAGGGGUCACCUUCCAGCACACUGUAGGUCUGUGUACCCUUGGUUAUGAUCCUACAGAUCUCCCUCCUCACCACUCUAUCAUGCUUAGAUAUGUGUGCCAUCUUCCGGCAUCGUGCCUCCAUCAUUUCCGGGGUCUCAGUUUGUUCCACUCGCGCUACCUUGUAACCCUUCUGCACCAGGGAAUCUGAGUAUCGGCCAAAUGCAAUUUCAGGGAAACCAGAAUGGGCCCAGUUGCCUUUCAUGAAUACCAGUCCCAGUUCAUUGACUCCAAUGAGAGCAUCCAUGUGAUACAACUCAUAAAAUUUCCCCACCUUAUAAAAGAUGACAAGAUCAAAAUUCUGAGACUUAAUUUGCCACCACUUCCUCAUCCCAGGAGUACAGGAAUUAAGGAAAUCCUCAGGCACAAAGAGUGUGGAUGCAUCAAAAUCAGGGUGAUCGGGCCGCCUCCUGCGUUCAUCUCUUCUCUUCUCCUCCUUAAGCCACUCUAAAGUCUCAUGAUACCAGACAGUGGGACGACUGCUGUCGUCACCUCCUCCACUAACGUGGGAUUGGGAUUCAGAAUUUUGAGGGGCAGAGAAGGCAUUCAGAGUACUCUUCGUUUCUGACAAAAUGCCAGUUGCUCUUUUAGUGGCUGAGGGCAUUUCCUUCCUUGAAUUUUUCCUUUUGAGAGAGCCGUUUCCAGUCAUUGUCUUCUUCCGCUUUGGAGCAACUUUGACGGGACUGUAUAGGCCUUCACUCUCACUGUCCCCCACUCCACUGCUUAUUUCAUCGCUGCUUCCUUCCUCCUUAGCAUCUGGUUUGAACUCCACAUCAGAACCACCAGCGUCACUCUCAGAGUCUGAUAUGACUCUGCGUUUUUUUAUCUGGCGGCUACUACGCCUGGAUCCUUGUGUCUUAGGCUGUACUUCCUCUUCGCUGUCAAUUUCAUUAUUUUCUUCAUGCUUAUCUGAUGUAUUGGUUGCAUCUACCUGCCAAGUAAAGAAAGAGUAUUAAAAAACAAACUAAAAUGUGGUUCAUUACAGUACUGCUGUAGAAUAUCUCGGCAUGCUGCAAUUUCAUACACAAAGAACCCUCCAGAAAUGAGAAACUUUUCUUUCUCAAGGAGUAUCAACUAGACAAUCUGUUUCACCCAACAUUAAGUGUCACACGGCAGACUAAGGGGAUUGCUGUAGGGGGAGCUCUCUCCUAUACAAGUGAGAAAACCAUUAGCUUGACCAUCCAUCACAAGUACCAAUAGCUGAUGUCCUCAUUCAGUGUCACAGCUGUGGAAAUGAGCUUUAAAUCUCCUCCUACAAACAGACAGGAGAAGUAGUUUACAAUUUUACAAAUUUUGGAGUAAAUCACACUGGUUCUAGUCUUUGAUCACCCACAAACCAGCUGUGUAUCUUGAGCCAGCUCAUUUACCUAUCAUGGCUCACCCUCAUGUUCUGAAUUAGGCUAAAUGAUCUCUGUAGUUACCCGUCCACUUCUAACCCUCUGACGAGUGUUACAAUUCCUGAUCUUAACCCUGAAAAAUCAAUACUGCAGUGUGUUAACUUGCUUAUUCCUAUUUCACCUCCAAGACAACAGAAUAAGAUGUAUGAAAACAAUCUUAGUUAUAGAUGAAUCUCUUUUGGGACCUAGCUGUUUAAUGGUCAUGUAUUCUUAAAUGAGUCAGUUUAUUUGUUUCCCAACAGGUUUUAAUUCACUCAAUUUGAAACAAAGGUUGCAUUUCAGGGUUACUUAACAUUUAUUCUUAUCAAUGCAAAAUACAAUGAAUAGUGUAAAAACUAAAAGCAUAAACCUGGCUAAUUGUCAGGGCCUGACUCCACCUUCAUACAGAAGCCUACUACCAGACUCCCUGACCAGGCCAUUGCUGUCCCUGAGUCUGCUUGCACCAAAGUGGUACUACCUCCUGUAGCAUUGCCUGGCCCUCCUGCAGGACUGAGAAACUAAGUAAAAAGGAGUGCAACUAUUGAGAUUCUCAGAAAUCAAACUUAACCUAAAAUCCAGAGAAGUACAGAACCAUGCAUUUAUGUACUAAAAUAUUUAUAUAAAAAACAAGAGGACAUCAUUUCAAUAUGCUUUUUUUCCCCCCAUCACCCUCCUAACACAGAAAGUCUUGGUGGUGCAGUGGUUAAAGCUCUCAGCUGCUAACCAAAAGGUCAGUAGUUCAAACCCACCAACUGCUGCACGGGAGAAAGAUGUGGCAGUCUGCUUCCAAGAUUACAGCCUUGGAAACCCUACAGGGCAGUUCUACCCUGUCUUACAGGGUUGCUAUAAGUCGGAAUUGACAACAACAGGUCCCGACACCAAUAAUAAUGUCCCACCUCCAUCUCCUCGUCCUCUUCUGGCUCUGAGGGCUCAUCACACACUGCCAAUUCAAGCCUCUUAAUCUUGUCUUUAUUUAAGGCUUCAUCUGCACUUUGCAUUGCUCUGAGUAUUUCAGGCUUUGCACUGUAAAAAUGACCUCCCUUCUGGGCUUCCUUUGCUUUUGAACCUAGAAAAAAAUGUUUUCAUAAAUAAAAACUGUUGGCUGGAUAGCUGGUUCAAACUACAUCAUCUGUCUUAAUAAGUAAGACUUAAGGCAAUAAUCAAGUAUUUUUAAUACCCCAUUUUUCUUAUUGAGAUAGAUCAAUAAAGCACAGACGAAGAAAUUUUUAGGGGAAAGCUAUGAGUGAAAUGGAAAUUACUUAUUUUGCCUCCUUGAAGUUGUCUUAACUGCUGGGUCAUCUAGGGCCACUUAGUCUCUCUUCUAAUGGCCUGGGACCCUGGUGCUAAACAGGUGGGGCAUACCUCUUUAAGUGAGGCACCUGGGAUAUACAAGGAGUUCUGAGACCCUUUUUAUAAAAAAAAAAAAAAAAUUAUUCAGAAAGCCAAAAAUUAUAUUGUCAGUUGAAUGAA